UAGAGAAGGUGGGGAGAAAUUGGGGUAAGUAAGCCCUAACAGGAGUCAGGAAGCAAUCUCCACCGCUACGCAGGGCGCAGCGCGGAGAAUCCAGAUUUAAAAUAUCCGGGUUCGGCUCGCCGGCAGCUCACACCCCCGCUGACGCGCGGCACUGUGGGAUUUGUAGUCCUGGCGGGAAUCCCGUAUUACAAGAAACAGUUCCGCCAAGGCACAGCAAAGGACCAAGUAAGCAAAGCACAGGGCUCGGCCUGCACAGAAAGACCGGGCGUGGUUCUCUCUUCCUCCGCCGGCGAUCCAGAGAGCGGGAGGGGAGCGAGCCGCAGCCCCGAGUCGGCCUCGACAGUCGGGACGCACACACUCUGCGUCAUGGCGGGCUGAGGCGGAUGAUGAAUUCCGGCGUGCAAGUCAGGGUUGCUGUGUCACUCGGCUCGCUCGGCGCGCCCCUUCCCCGCCGCCCUUCCGCACCGGCUCCCAGGCUCUUCCGGUCUCCCGUCGCYCCUCACCUGCAGGCCCAACUCCCGCGGCAGCCGGUGCACGCCAGGUGUGCCCUGUGGACGGAUCUCGCGCAGUGCCCGGGUUCCGGGCGUCCGACCCACACGGGCCAUGGCGAGCGGCGCCGCCAGGUACCGGCUGAGCUGCUCCCUCCCGGGCCACGAGCUGGACGUGCGGGGCCUGGUGUGCUGCCUCUAUCCGCCGGGGGCCUUUGUGUCGGUGUCCCGAGACCGCACCACCCGCCUUUGGGCCCCGGACAGUCCUAACAGGGGCUUUACAGAAAUGCACUGUAUGAGUGGCCACUCUAAUUUUGUAUCUUGUGUAUGCAUCAUACCCUCAAGUGACAUGUACCCUCAUGGACUGAUUGCCACUGGAGGAAAUGACCACAAUAUUUGCAUUUUCUCACUGGACAGUCCAGUGCCUCUUUAUAUUUUGAAAGGUCACAAAAAUACUGUUUGUAGUUUAUCAUCUGGGAAAUUUGGGACAUUACUUAGUGGCUCAUGGGACACAACUGCUAAAGUCUGGCUGAAUGACAAAUGCAUGAUGACCUUACAGGGUCAUACUGCUGCUGUAUGGGCAGUAAAGAUUUUACCUGAACAGGGCUUAAUGUUAACUGGUUCAGCAGAUAAAACUAUUAAGCUGUGGAAGGCUGGAAGGUGUGAGAGGACUUUUUCAGGGCAUGAAGACUGUGUAAGAGGUUUGGCAAUUUUGAGUGAAACAGAAUUUCUUUCCUGUGCAAAUGAUGCUAGUAUUAGAAGAUGGCAAAUCACUGGCGAGUGUCUUGAAGUAUAUUAUGGACAUACAAAUUAUAUUUAUAGCAUAUCUGUCUUUCCUAAUUGUAAAGAUUUUGUGACAACAGCAGAAGACAGAUCUCUGAGAAUCUGGAAACAAGGAGAAUGUGCUCAAACAAUCCGACUUCCAGCUCAGUCUAUAUGGUGCUGCUGUGUGCUGGACAAUGGUGACAUUGUGGUUGGUGCGAGUGAUGGUAUUAUUAGAGUGUUUACAGAAUCAGAGGAUCGGAUAGCAAGUGCUGAGGAAAUCAAGGCUUUUGAAAAAGAGCUUUCUCAGGCAACCAUUGAUUCCAAAACUGGUGAUUUAGGGGACAUUAAUGCUGAACAGCUUCCUGGGAGGGAACAUCUGAAUGAACCUGGUACUAGAGAAGGACAAACUCGUCUAAUCAGAGAUGGGGACAGAGUCGAAGCCUAUCAGUGGAGUGUUAGUGAAGGAAGGUGGAUAAAAAUUGGUGAUGUUGUUGGCUCUUCUGGUGCUACUCAGCAAACAUCUGGAAAAGUUUUAUAUGAAGGGAAAGAAUUUGAUUAUGUUUUCUCAAUUGAUGUCAAUGAAGGUGGACCAUCAUAUAAAUUGCCAUACAAUACCAGUGAUGAUCCCUGGCUAACCGCAUAUAAUUUCUUACAGAAGAAUGAUUUGAAUCCCAUGUUUUUAGAUCAAGUGGCUAAAUUUAUUAUUGAUAACACAAAAGGACAAACAUUGGGACUUGGGAAUACCAGUUUUUCAGAUCCAUUUACAGGUGGUGGUCGGUAUGUUCCAGGCUCUUCAGGAUCAUCCAACACUAUGCCAACAGCAGAUCCUUUUACAGGUGCUGGUCGUUAUGUGCCAGGUUCUGCAAGUAUGGGCACUACUAACAUGACUGGAGUUGAUCCAUUUACAGGUAAACUGAAGGAGCUUAAUGGAACUGCACCUGAAGAGAAAAAGUUAACUGAGGAUGAUYUGGUACUUCUUGAAAAGAUAUUGUCUCUAAUAUGUAAUAGUUCUUCAGAGAAACCCACAGCCCAGCAACUUCAGAUUUUGUGGAAAGCCAUUAACUGGCCUGAAGAUAUUGUCUUCCCUGCACUUGACAUUCUUCGGUUGUCAAUUAAACAUCCCAGUGUGAAUGAAAACUUCUGCAAUGAAAAGGAAGGGGCUCAGUUCAUCAGUCAUCUUAUCAAUCUACUGAACCCUAAAGGAAAGCCAGCAAACCAGCUGCUUGCUCUCAGGACUUUUUGCAAUUGCUUUGUUGGCCAGGCAGGACAAAAGCUCAUGAUGUCCCAGAGGGAAUCACUGAUGUCCCAUGCAGUAGAACUGAAAUCAGGGAGCAAUAAGAACAUUCACAUUGCUCUGGCUACAUUGACCUUGAACUAUUCUGUUUGUUUUCAUAAAGACCAUAACAUUGAAGGGAAAGCUCAAUGCUUGUCAGUAAUUAGCACAAUCUUGGAAGUUGUUCAAGACCUAGAAGCCACUUUUAGACUUCUUGUGGCUCUUGGGACCCUUAUCAGUGAUGAUUCAAAUGCUGUACAAUUAGCCAAGUCUUUAGGUGUUGAUACUCAAAUAAAAAAGUAUGCCUCGGUAUCAGAACCAGCUAAAGUAAGUGAAUGCUGUAGGCUUAUCCUAAAUUUGCUGUAGUAUUGGGGAAUGGGGGUUGAGAUUUUAAAUUGAUUAGUGUUUUUUUUUUCCUCACAUUUUUCAUGACUGAUUAAAGAUUAUUAAAAAAAAUACUGUGGAUUAAGUUAAAGUUCAGAUCUUGUAAACUGGCAAGGAGGGGAAACAAAGGAGAAAUAAAAUUUUUGCACUGAUGAAUUGUGAGAUUUUCCUGUGUAAUAURGAUAAAUUUUCAAGAAUAUAGAAACAAAUUAAGAAAAAACUGUAAUCAACAACAACACCAUCACAUGUCAUUUUCUCCAUACCUUAGCCAUUCAGAAGAAUACAAGGGGUUUUAUUUAUAUAAUCUGUUUUUACUAAACUGUUAGUUGUUGGUGGUUAUCUUUUAUUUUAACUUCUUCGAUUAGUUUCAUUGUUGGGUUCUAUGAACAUUACUG